AUGCCUUCCACUUACCACACUUCACUAUUCAUAUCAUGCCUAUGCUUGUUCUCGGUUUCGUGUGUUGGUGGGUUAAUGAACGAUACACUGAGAAACUUGUUGCUGACUCUUCACAAUAAUGCAAGAGAUGAUGUUCGAAGUGGAUCGCUUAGUGGACAGCCAAAGGCUAUUUCUAUCAAACACGUGAAAUACAACAUGGAGUUGGAAAAGAAAGCACAGAAUUUAUCUGAUCAAUGUCGUGUUGGACAUGACACAGACUCAGAGCGUAAAGUUCCUCCAUUCACAUAUGUUGGACAGAAUUGGGUGGGUGCAGCAACAGUCGAACUUGGAUUCAAUUCAUGGUUGAACGAAUAUAAAAAUUAUGAUUUCUAUGGAAGUUAUUGUUUCAAUGGUCAAUGCAAUAAAUAUACACAGAUCGUUUGGCAGAAAACUACUGAUAUAGGAUGUGGCGUCACUGACUGUCCCUCUGCCCCAUUUGGAUUGAGUAUCGUAUGCAAUUAUGGACCUGGCGGGAGUGGUUCUUGGUUUCUUCGUGGUGGUCUUGGUGGUGGUUGUUGGUGGUUUGCGUUUUCGAGUGGUUCUUGGUUUCUUCGUGGUGGUCUUGGUGGUGGUUGUUGGUGGUUUGCGUUUUCGAGUGGUUCUUGGUUUCUUCGUGGUGGUCUUGGUGGUGGUUGUUGGUGGUUUGCGUUUUCGAGUGGUUCUUGGUUUCUUCGUGGUGGUCUUGGUGGUGGUUGUUGGUGGUUUGCGUUUUCGAGUGGUUCUUGGUUUCUUCGUGGUGGUCUUGGUGGUGGUUGUUGGUGGUUUGCGUUUUCGAGUGGUUCUUGGUUUCUUCGUGGUGGUCUUGGUGGUGGUUGUUGGUGGUUUGCGUUUUCGAGUGGUUCUUGGUUUCUUCGUGGUGGUCUUGGUGGUGGUUGUUGGUGGUUUGCGUUUUCGAGUGGUUCUUGGUUUCUUCGUGGUGGUCUUGGUGGUGGUUGUUGGUGGUUUGCGUUUUCGAGUGGUUCUUGGUUUCUUCGUGGUGGUCUUGGUGGUGGUUGUUGGUGGUUUGCGUUUUCGAGUGGUUCUUGGUUUCUUCGUGGUGGUCUUGGUGGUGGUUGUUGGUGGUUUGCGUUUUCGAGUGGUUCUUGGUUUCUUCGUGGUGGUCUUGGUGGUGGUUGUUGGUGGUUUGCGUUUUCGAGUGGUUCUUGGUUUCUUCGUGGUGGUCUUGGUGGUGGUUGUUGGUGGUUUGCGUUUUCGAGUGGUUCUUGGUUUCUUCGUGGUGGUCUUGGUGGUGGUUGUUGGUGGUUUGCGUUUUCGAGUGGUUCUUGGUUUCUUCGUGGUGGUCUUGGUGGUGGUUGUUGGUGGUUUGCGUUUUCGAGUGGUUCUUGGUUUCUUCGUGGUGGUCUUGGUGGUGGUUGUUGGUGGUUUGCGUUUUCGAGUGGUUCUUGGUUUCUUCGUGGUGGUCUUGGUGGUGGUUGUUGGUGGUUUGCGUUUUCGAGUGGUUCUUGGUUUCUUCGUGGUGGUCUUGGUGGUGGUUGUUGGUGGUUUGCGUUUUCGAGUGGUUCUUGGUUUCUUCGUGGUGGUCUUGGUGGUGGUUGUUGGUGGUUUGCGUUUUCGAGUGGUUCUUGGUUUCUUCGUGGUGGUCUUGGUGGUGGUUGUUGGUGGUUUGCGUUUUCGAGUGGUUCUUGGUUUCUUCGUGGUGGUCUUGGUGGUGGUUGUUGGUGGUUUGCGUUUUCGAGUGGUUCUUGGUUUCUUCGUGGUGGUCUUGGUGGUGGUUGUUGGUGGUUUGCGUUUUCGAGUGGUUCUUGGUUUCUUCGUGGUGGUCUUGGUGGUGGUUGUUGGUGGUUUGCGUUUUCGAGUGGUUCUUGGUUUCUUCGUGGUGGUCUUGGUGGUGGUUGUUGGUGGUUUGCGUUUUCGAGUGGUUCUUGGUUUCUUCGUGGUGGUCUUGGUGGUGGUUGUUGGUGGUUUGCGUUUUCGAGUGGUUCUUGGUUUCUUCGUGGUGGUCUUGGUGGUGGUUGUUGGUGGUUUGCGUUUUCGAGUGGUUCUUGGUUUCUUCGUGGUGGUCUUGGUGGUGGUUGUUGGUGGUUUGCGUUUUCGAGUGGUUCUUGGUUUCUUCGUGGUGGUCUUGGUGGUGGUUGUUGGUGGUUUGCGUUUUCGAGUGGUUCUUGGUUUCUUCGUGGUGGUCUUGGUGGUGGUUGUUGGUGGUUUGCGUUUUCGAGUGGUUCUUGGUUUCUUCGUGGUGGUCUUGGUGGUGGUUGUUGGUGGUUUGCGUUUUCGAGUGGUUCUUGGUUUCUUCGUGGUGGUCUUGGUGGUGGUUGUUGGUGGUUUGCGUUUUCGAGUGGUUCUUGGUUUCUUCGUGGUGGUCUUGGUGGUGGUUGUUGGUGGUUUGCGUUUUCGAGUGGUUCUUGGUUUCUUCGUGGUGGUCUUGGUGGUGGUUGUUGGUGGUUUGCGUUUUCGAGUGGUUCUUGGUUUCUUCGUGGUGGUCUUGGUGGUGGUUGUUGGUGGUUUGCGUUUUCGAGUGGUUCUUGGUUUCUUCGUGGUGGUCUUGGUGGUGGUUGUUGGUGGUUUGCGUUUUCGAGUGGUUCUUGGUUUCUUCGUGGUGGUCUUGGUGGUGGUUGUUGGUGGUUUGCGUUUUCGAGUGGUUCUUGGUUUCUUCGUGGUGGUCUUGGUGGUGGUUGUUGGUGGUUUGCGUUUUCGAGUGGUUCUUGGUUUCUUCGUGGUGGUCUUGGUGGUGGUUGUUGGUGGUUUGCGUUUUCGAGUGGUUCUUGGUUUCUUCGUGGUGGUCUUGGUGGUGGUUGUUGGUGGUUUGCGUUUUCGAGUGGUUCUUGGUUUCUUCGUGGUGGUCUUGGUGGUGGUUGUUGGUGGUUUGCGUUUUCGAGUGGUUCUUGGUUUCUUCGUGGUGGUCUUGGUGGUGGUUGUUGGUGGUUUGCGUUUUCGAGUGGUUCUUGGUUUCUUCGUGGUGGUCUUGGUGGUGGUUGUUGGUGGUUUGCGUUUUCGAGUGGUUCUUGGUUUCUUCGUGGUGGUCUUGGUGGUGGUUGUUGGUGGUUUGCGUUUUCGAGUGGUUCUUGGUUUCUUCGUGGUGGUCUUGGUGGUGGUUGUUGGUGGUUUGCGUUUUCGAGUGGUUCUUGGUUUCUUCGUGGUGGUCUUGGUGGUGGUUGUUGGUGGUUUGCGUUUUCGAGUGGUUCUUGGUUUCUUCGUGGUGGUCUUGGUGGUGGUUGUUGGUGGUUUGCGUUUUCGAGUGGUUCUUGGUUUCUUCGUGGUGGUCUUGGUGGUGGUUGUUGGUGGUUUGCGUUUUCGAGUGGUUCUUGGUUUCUUCGUGGUGGUCUUGGUGGUGGUUGUUGGUGGUUUGCGUUUUCGAGUGGUUCUUGGUUUCUUCGUGGUGGUCUUGGUGGUGGUUGUUGGUGGUUUGCGUUUUCGAGUGGUUCUUGGUUUCUUCGUGGUGGUCUUGGUGGUGGUUGUUGGUGGUUUGCGUUUUCGAGUGGUUCUUGGUUUCUUCGUGGUGGUCUUGGUGGUGGUUGUUGGUGGUUUGCGUUUUCGAGUGGUUCUUGGUUUCUUCGUGGUGGUCUUGGUGGUGGUUGUUGGUGGUUUGCGUUUUCGAGUGGUUCUUGGUUUCUUCGUGGUGGUCUUGGUGGUGGUUGUUGGUGGUUUGCGUUUUCGAGUGGUUCUUGGUUUCUUCGUGGUGGUCUUGGUGGUGGUUGUUGGUGGUUUGCGUUUUCGAGUGGUUCUUGGUUUCUUCGUGGUGGUCUUGGUGGUGGUUGUUGGUGGUUUGCGUUUUCGAGUGGUUCUUGGUUUCUUCGUGGUGGUCUUGGUGGUGGUUGUUGGUGGUUUGCGUUUUCGAGUGGUUCUUGGUUUCUUCGUGGUGGUCUUGGUGGUGGUUGUUGGUGGUUUGCGUUUUCGAGUGGUUCUUGGUUUCUUCGUGGUGGUCUUGGUGGUGGUUGUUGGUGGUUUGCGUUUUCGAGUGGUUCUUGGUUUCUUCGUGGUGGUCUUGGUGGUGGUUGUUGGUGGUUUGCGUUUUCGAGUGGUUCUUGGUUUCUUCGUGGUGGUCUUGGUGGUGGUUGUUGGUGGUUUGCGUUUUCGAGUGGUUCUUGGUUUCUUCGUGGUGGUCUUGGUGGUGGUUGUUGGUGGUUUGCGUUUUCGAGUGGUUCUUGGUUUCUUCGUGGUGGUCUUGGUGGUGGUUGUUGGUGGUUUGCGUUUUCGAGUGGUUCUUGGUUUCUUCGUGGUGGUCUUGGUGGUGGUUGUUGGUGGUUUGCGUUUUCGAGUGGUUCUUGGUUUCUUCGUGGUGGUCUUGGUGGUGGUUGUUGGUGGUUUGCGUUUUCGAGUGGUUCUUGGUUUCUUCGUGGUGGUCUUGGUGGUGGUUGUUGGUGGUUUGCGUUUUCGAGUGGUUCUUGGUUUCUUCGUGGUGGUCUUGGUGGUGGUUGUUGGUGGUUUGCGUUUUCGAGUGGUUCUUGGUUUCUUCGUGGUGGUCUUGGUGGUGGUUGUUGGUGGUUUGCGUUUUCGAGUGGUUCUUGGUUUCUUCGUGGUGGUCUUGGUGGUGGUUGUUGGUGGUUUGCGUUUUCGAGUGGUUCUUGGUUUCUUCGUGGUGGUCUUGGUGGUGGUUGUUGGUGGUUUGCGUUUUCGAGUGGUUCUUGGUUUCUUCGUGGUGGUCUUGGUGGUGGUUGUUGGUGGUUUGCGUUUUCGAGUGGUUCUUGGUUUCUUCGUGGUGGUCUUGGUGGUGGUUGUUGGUGGUUUGCGUUUUCGAGUGGUUCUUGGUUUCUUCGUGGUGGUCUUGGUGGUGGUUGUUGGUGGUUUGCGUUUUCGAGUGGUUCUUGGUUUCUUCGUGGUGGUCUUGGUGGUGGUUGUUGGUGGUUUGCGUUUUCGAGUGGUUCUUGGUUUCUUCGUGGUGGUCUUGGUGGUGGUUGUUGGUGGUUGGUGGUUUGCGUUUUCGAGUGGUUCUUGGUUUCUUCGUGGUGGUCUUGGUGGUGGUUGUUGGUGGUUGCGUUUUCGAGUGGUUCUUGGUUUCUUCGUGGUGGUCUUGGUGGUGGUUGUUGGUUUGCGUUUUCGAGUGGUUCUUGGUUUCUUCGUGGUGGUCUUGGUGGUGGUUGUUGGUGGUUUGCGUUUUCGAGUGGUUCUUGGUUUCUUCGUGGUGGUCUUGGUGGUGGUUGUUGGUGGUUUGCGUUUUCGAGUGGUUCUUGGUUUCUUCGUGGUGGUCUUGGUGGUGGUUGUUGGUGGUUUGCGUUUUCGAGUGGUUCUUGGUUUCUUCGUGGUGGUCUUGGUGGUGGUUGUUGGUGGUUUGCGUUUUCGAGUGGUUCUUGGUUUCUUCGUGGUGGUCUUGGUGGUGGUUGUUGGUGGUUUGCGUUUUCGAGUGGUUCUUGGUUUCUUCGUGGUGGUCUUGGUGGUGGUUGUUGGUGGUUUGCGUUUUCGAGUGGUUCUUGGUUUCUUCGUGGUGGUCUUGGUGGUGGUUGUUGGUGGUUUGCGUUUUCGAGUGGUUCUUGGUUUCUUCGUGGUGGUCUUGGUGGUGGUUGUUGGUGGUUUGCGUUUUCGAGUGGUUCUUGGUUUCUUCGUGGUGGUCUUGGUGGUGGUUGUUGGUGGUUUGCGUUUUCGAGUGGUUCUUGGUUUCUUCGUGGUGGUCUUGGUGGUGGUUGUUGGUGGUUUGCGUUUUCGAGUGGUUCUUGGUUUCUUCGUGGUGGUCUUGGUGGUGGUUGUUGGUGGUUUGCGUUUUCGAGUGGUUCUUGGUUUCUUCGUGGUGGUCUUGGUGGUGGUUGUUGGUGGUUUGCGUUUUCGAGUGGUUCUUGGUUUCUUCGUGGUGGUCUUGGUGGUGGUUGUUGGGGUUUGCGUUUUCGAGUGGUUCUGGUUUCUUCGUGUGGUUCUUGGUUUCUUCGUGGUGGUCUUGGUGGUGGUUGUUGGUGGUUUGCGUUUUCGAGUGGUUCUUGGUUUCUUCGUGGUGGUCUUGGUGGUGGUUGUUGGUGGUUUGCGUUUUCGAGUGGUUCUUGGUUUCUUCGUGGUGGUCUUGGUGGUGGUUGUUGGUGGUUUGCGUUUUCGAGUGGUUCUUGGUUUCUUCGUGGUGGUCUUGGUGGUGGUUGUUGGUGGUUUGCGUUUUCGAGUGGUUCUUGGUUUCUUCGUGGUGGUCUUGGUGGUGGUUGUUGGUGGUUUGCGUUUUCGAGUGGUUCCUGGUUUCUUCGUGGUGGUCUUGGUGGUGGUUGUUGGUGGUUUGCGUUUUCGAGUGGUUCUUGGUUUCUUCGUGGUGGUCUUGGUGGUGGUUGUUGGUGGUUUGCGUUUUCGAGUGGUUCUUGGUUUCUUCGUGGUGGUCUUGGUGGUUGGUGGGGUUGUUGGUGGUUUGCGUUUUCGAGUGGUUCUUGGUUUCUUCGUGGUGGUCUUGGUGGUGGUUGUUGGUGGUUUGCGUUUUCGAGUGGUUCUUGGUUUCUUCGUGGUGGUCUUGGUGGUGGUUGUUGGUGGUUUGCGUUUUCGAGUGGUUCUUGGUUUCUUCGUGGUGGUCUUGGUGGUGGUUGUUGGUGGUUUGCGUUUUCGAGUGGUUCUUGGUUUCUUCGUGGUGGUCUUGGUGGUGGUUGUUGGUGGUUUGCGUUUUCGAGUGGUUCUUGGUUUCUUCGUGGUGGUCUUGGUGGUGGUUGUUGGUGGUUUGCGUUUUCGAGUGGUUCUUGGUUUCUUCGUGGUGGUCUUGGUGGUGGUUGUUGGUGGUUUGCGUUUUCGAGUGGUUCUUGGUUUCUUCGUGGUGGUCUUGGUGGUGGUUGUUGGUGGUUUGCGUUUUCGAGUGGUUCUUGGUUUCUUCGUGGUGGUCUUGGUGGUGGUUGUUGGUGGUUUGCGUUUUCGAGUGGUUCUUGGUUUCUUCGUGGUGGUCUUGGUGGUGGUUGUUGGUGGUUUGCGUUUUCGAGUGGUUCUUGGUUUCUUCGUGGUGGUCUUGGUGGUGGUUGUUGGUGGUUUGCGUUUUCGAGUGGUUCUUGGUUUCUUCGUGGUGGUCUUGGUGGUGGUUGUUGGUGGUUUGCGUUUUCGAGUGGUUCUUGGUUUCUUCGUGGUGGUCUUGGUGGUGGUUGUUGGUGGUUUGCGUUUUCGAGUGGUUCUUGGUUUCUUCGUGGUGGUCUUGGUGGUGGUUGUUGGUGGUUUGCGUUUUCGAGUGGUUCUUGGUUUCUUCGUGGUGGUCUUGGUGGUGGUUGUUGGUGGUUUGCGUUUUCGAGUGGUUCUUGGUUUCUUCGUGGUGGUCUUGGUGGUGGUUGUUGGUGGUUUGCGUUUUCGAGUGGUUCUUGGUUUCUUCGUGGUGGUCUUGGUGGUGGUUGUUGGUGUGGUUCUUGGUUUCUUCGUGGUGGUCUUGGUGGUGGUUGUUGGUGGUUUGCGUUUUCGAGUGGUUCUUGGUUUCUUCGUGGUGGUCUUGGUGGUGGUUGUUGGUGGUUUGCGUUUUCGAGUGGUUCUUGGUUUCUUCGUGGUGGUCUUGGUGGUGGUUGUUGGUGGUUUGCGUUUUCGAGUGGUUCUUGGUUUCUUCGUGGUGGUCUUGGUGGUGGUUGUUGGUGGUUUGCGUUUUCGAGUGGUUCUUGGUUUCUUCGUGGUGGUCUUGGUGGUGGUUGUUGGUGGUUUGCGUUUUCGAGUGGUUCUUGGUUUCUUCGUGGUGGUCUUGGUGGUGGUUGUUGGUGGUUUGCGUUUUCGAGUGGUUCUUGGUUUCUUCGUGGUGGUCUUGGUGGUGGUUGUUGGUGGUUUGCGUUUUCGAGUGGUUCUUGGUUUCUUCGUGGUGGUCUUGGUGGUGGUUGUUGGUGGUUUGCGUUUUCGAGUGGUUCUUGGUUUCUUCGUGGUGGUCUUGGUGGUGGUUGUUGGUGGUUUGCGUUUUCGAGUGGUUCUUGGUUUCUUCGUGGUGGUCUUGGUGGUGGUUGUUGGUGGUUUGCGUUUUCGAGUGGUUCUUGGUUUCUUCGUGGUGGUCUUGGUGGUGGUUGUUGGUGGUUUGCGUUUUCGAGUGGUUCUUGGUUUCUUCGUGGUGGUCUUGGUGGUGGUUGUUGGUGGUUUGCGUUUUCGAGUGGUUCUUGGUUUCUUCGUGGUGGUCUUGGUGGUGGUUGUUGGUGGUUUGCGUUUUCGAGUGGUUCUUGGUUUCUUCGUGGUGGUCUUGGUGGUGGUUGUUGGUGGUUUGCGUUUUCGAGUGGUUCUUGGUUUCUUCGUGGUGGUCUUGGUGGUGGUUGUUGGUGGUUUGCGUUUUCGAGUGGUUCUUGGUUUCUUCGUGGUGGUCUUGGUGGUGGUUGUUGGUGGUUUGCGUUUUCGAGUGGUUCUUGGUUUCUUCGUGGUGGUCUUGGUGGUGGUUGUUGGUGGUUUGCGUUUUCGAGUGGUUCUUGGUUUCUUCGUGGUGGUCUUGGUGGUGGUUGUUGUGGUUUGCGUUUUCGAGUGGUUCUUGGUUUCUUCGUUGGUUCUUGGUUUCUUCGUGGUGGUCUUGGUGGUGGUUGUUGGUGGUUUGCGUUUUCGAGUGGUUCUUGGUUUCUUCGUGGUGGUCUUGGUGGUGGUUGUUGGUGGUUUGCGUUUUCGAGUGGUUCUUGGUUUCUUCGUGGUGGUCUUGGUGGUGGUUGUUGGUGGUUUGCGUUUUCGAGUGGUUCUUGGUUUCUUCGUGGUGGUCUUGGUGGUGGUUGUUGGUGGUUUGCGUUUUCGAGUGGUUCUUGGUUUCUUCGUGGUGGUCUUGGUGGUGGUUGUUGGUGGUUUGCGUUUUCGAGUGGUUCUUGGUUUCUUCGUGGUGGUCUUGGUGGUGGUUGUUGGUGGUUUGCGUUUUCGAGUGGUUCUUGGUUUCUUCGUGGUGGUCUUGGUGGUGGUUGUUGGUGGUUUGCGUUUUCGAGUGGUUCUUGGUUUCUUCGUGGUGGUCUUGGUGGUGGUUGUUGGUGGUUUGCGUUUUCGAGUGGUUCUUGGUUUCUUCGUGGUGGUCUUGGUGGUGGUUGUUGGUGGUUUGCGUUUUCGAGUGGUUCUUGGUUUCUUCGUGGUGGUCUUGGUGGUGGUUGUUGGUGGUUUGCGUUUUCGAGUGGUUCUUGGUUUCUUCGUGGUGGUCUUGGUGGUGGUUGUUGGUGGUUUGCGUUUUCGAGUGGUUCUUGGUUUCUUCGUGGUGGUCUUGGUGGUGGUUGUUGGUGGUUUGCGUUUUCGAGUGGUUCUUGGUUUCUUCGUGGUGGUCUUGGUGGUGGUUGUUGGUGGUUUGCGUUUUCGAGUGGUUCUUGGUUUCUUCGUGGUGGUCUUGGUGGUGGUUGUUGGUGUGGUUCUUGGUUUCUUCGUGGUGGUCUUGGUGGUGGUUGUUGGUGGUUUGCGUUUUCGAGUGGUUCUUGGUUUCUUCGUGGUGGUCUUGGUGGUGGUUGUUGGUGGUUUGCGUUUUCGAGUGGUUCUUGGUUUCUUCGUGGUGGUCUUGGUGGUGGUUGUUGGUGGUUUGCGUUUUCGAGUGGUUCUUGGUUUCUUCGUGGUGGUCUUGGUGGUGGUUGUUGGUGGUUUGCGUUUUCGAGUGGUUCUUGGUUUCUUCGUGGUGGUCUUGGUGGUGGUUGUUGGUGGUUUGCGUUUUCGAGUGGUUCUUGGUUUCUUCGUGGUGGUCUUGGUGGUGGUUGUUGGUGGUUUGCGUUUUCGAGUGGUUCUUGGUUUCUUCGUGGUGGUCUUGGUGGUGGUUGUUGGUGGUUUGCGUUUUCGAGUGGUUCUUGGUUUCUUCGUGGUGGUCUUGGUGGUGGUUGUUGGUGGUUUGCGUUUUCGAGUGGUUCUUGGUUUCUUCGUGGUGGUCUUGGUGGUGGUUGUUGGUGGUUUGCGUUUUCGAGUGGUUCUUGGUUUCUUCGUGGUGGUCUUGGUGGUGGUUGUUGGUGGUUUGCGUUUUCGAGUGGUUCUUGGUUUCUUCGUGGUGGUCUUGGUGGUGGUUGUUGGUGGUUUGCGUUUUCGAGUGGUUCUUGGUUUCUUCGUGGUGGUCUUGGUGGUGGUUGUUGGUGGUUUGCGUUUUCGAGUGGUUCUUGGUUUCUUCGUGGUGGUCUUGGUGGUGGUUGUUGGUGGUUUGCGUUUUCGAGUGGUUCUUGGUUUCUUCGUGGUGGUCUUGGUGGUGGUUGUUGGUGGUUUGCGUUUUCGAGUGGUUCUUGGUUUCUUCGUGGUGGUCUUGGUGGUGGUUGUUGGUGGUUUGCGUUUUCGAGUGGUUCUUGGUUUCUUCGUGGUGGUCUUGGUGGUGGUUGUUGGUGGUUUGCGUUUUCGAGUGGUUCUUGGUUUCUUCGUGGUGGUCUUGGUGGUGGUUGUUGGUGGUUUGCGUUUUCGAGUGGUUCUUGGUUUCUUCGUGGUGGUCUUGGUGGUGGUUGUUGGUGGUUUGCGUUUUCGAGUGGUUCUUGGUUUCUUCGUGGUGGUCUUGGUGGUGGUUGUUGGUGGUUUGCGUUUUCGAGUGGUUCUUGGUUUCUUCGUGGUGGUCUUGGUGGUGGUUGUUGGUGGUUUGCGUUUUCGAGUGGUUCUUGGUUUCUUCGUGGUGGUCUUGGUGGUGGUUGUUGGUGGUUUGCGUUUUCGAGUGGUUCUUGGUUUCUUCGUGGUGGUCUUGGUGGUGGUUGUUGGUGGUUUGCGUUUUCGAGUGGUUCUUGGUUUCUUCGUGGUGGUCUUGGUGGUGGUUGUUGGUGGUUUGCGUUUUCGAGUGGUUCUUGGUUUCUUCGUGGUGGUCUUGGUGGUGGUUGUUGGUGGUUUGCGUUUUCGAGUGGUUCUUGGUUUCUUCGUGGUGGUCUUGGUGGUGGUUGUUGGUGGUUUGCGUUUUCGAGUGGUUCUUGGUUUCUUCGUGGUGGUCUUGGUGGUGGUUGUUGGUGGUUUGCGUUUUCGAGUGGUUCUUGGUUUCUUCGUGGUGGUCUUGGUGGUGGUUGUUGGUGGUUUGCGUUUUCGAGUGGUUCUUGGUUUCUUCGUGGUGGUCUUGGUGGUGGUUGUUGGUGUGGUCGUUGA